UUGGUUGUGGAUUUAUCUAUGAAGAUAUUCAUAGGAGUAAUAGAAAAAAGAAAUUAUCACUGAUAUAGGCACCGUAUAUAAAUAUAAGUCAUAGGCAUAAACAAAUCAAAACAAAGAAGUUAGUUCUGAGUCUCCAUAUCCUAGCCGAAAUUGUGUUUUUAACUUUUUGAAUUUUAAAUUCUUUUUUCUUUAAUUUACUUGUGAUUUCGUAAAAUGUCGUGGUUUUCAACAUUGGAACAAGCACCACCUAUCGAAGUGUUUGAUUUAUUAAAACAAUAUCCUAAUGACGAUUUUCCACAGAAAGUAAACUUAAGUGCUGGAGCUUAUCGAACUAACGAAGAAAAGCCAUGGGUUCUACCUGUCGUACGAACAGCCGAAACAGCGUUGCUUAAUGACGAAAAGGUGAAUAAGGAAUAUUUGCCUAUUCUGGGUUUCGAAGCAUUCAGCAAAUUGGCAACACGAAUCCUAUUAGGGGAUGAUAGUGUAGCGUUAGCAGAAAACAGAGCAUUCGGUGUACAAUGCCUCUCAGGUACGGGAUCAUUAAGAGUUGGAGCGGAAUUUUUAGCAACUAAGCUUGGAAAAACAGUUUUCUACUAUUCUAAUCCGACAUGGGGUAACCACAGAUUGGUAUUCCUCAAUGCCGGCUUCAAAGACGCCAGAGAAUACAGAUACUGGGACGCAGAAAACCGUAGCCUAGACUUAAACGGACUCCUGGAAGACCUGAAUAACGCUCCAGAAGGUGCCGUGAUAAUUCUGCACGCCUGCGCGCACAAUCCCACUGGUUGUGACCCUACCCAAGACCAAUGGAGGGAAGUUGCCAGAGUUAUCAAGGAGAAAAAACUGUUUCCGUUCUUCGAUUCGGCUUACCAAGGGUUUGCAACUGGGGAUUUGGAUAAAGAUGCUUGGGCUGUAAGGUUUUUCGUGAAAGAAGGACUGGAGCUGUUGUGUGGACAAUCGUUUGCUAAGAAUUUUGGAUUGUAUAACGAACGCGUUGGGAAUUUAUCCAUAGUUUUGAAUAAUCCUGAAAAAAUACCAGCUGUUAAAUCACAAAUCACUCUAAUAGUCAGGGGAAUGUACUCGAAUCCACCAGCUCACGGGGCCAGAAUCGUUCACUACGUCCUGAGCAACAAUGAGUUAUAUGAUCAAUGGCGAGACAACAUCAAAACCAUGUCUUCCAGAAUCAAAGAGAUGAGACAGAAACUAAGAGAAGAAUUGGAACGAAUUGGUGCACCUGGAUCAUGGAACCACGUAACUGAUCAAAUUGGAAUGUUUUCAUAUACUGGCUUAAAUGCUGCUCAAUCUCAGCACUUGGUUAAGAAAUACCACGUCUACAUGCUUAGUACAGGGCGCAUUAGCAUGUGCGGUCUUACUCCAAGCAAUGUGGAAUAUGUUGCGAAAUGUAUCAAGGAAACUCUAACAGAAAUACCAGCAUAGCAUUGAACUGAUGAUAGUUGGAAAUAUAGCAUAUAUUUAAUAAGAUUCAAAUAUUUUAUACAGGAUGGCGCACCUCAUUCGCCUCGGUUGAUUGUACGAAAACGGA